CCGCGCCGGCCCCGCUCAGGAAGUGACAAGCGCAUUUCCUCCCUCCUCCUCCUCCUCCUCUUCUCCUCCUCCUCCGCCCUCCCCGCCCGCAGCACGGCGGCGGCGGCGGCAGGAGGGAGGGAGGGAGCGCGGCUCGGAGCGGUGCCCACAGCCGGCCCCGGCCGGGCCGCGCCGCCGCUCCGCCACCACGUUGCCAGGGAGGAAAAGGCAAAGUCACAGCCAGCGCUGCUUUCUUCAAGCUGAGAUGUUGAGACAAAGCACCUCUGACCCUGUCCUGUCCUUUCUCUCCAUCCCUUUCCGCCGUUUGUUUGUGAGGGAGUCCUUCCCCUGCCACUCCUAUUCCGGAGCCGCCGGCCGCAGCCCCCGCUGCUCUCAGCCCUUCUGGGGGAAAAUGCACUGAGAUGGGAGCUUGGCCAGAGCAUGGCUGACAGCAACCUUUGCCUGGACUCCGAUGGACUCCAACGCAGGACUGCAUUACCAUGGUGAUGAUCUUAACCAAAACUCGGGAAAACAAAGGUGCUGACUCUGUAACAUGCAGGACUGAGCUGCACACUCCAAAGAUGAGUCAAGGACCUACCCUCUUCUCUUGUGGCAUUAUGGAAAAUGACAGAUGGGGAGACCUCAGCAGGAAAUGUCCACUGCAGAUCGAGCAGCCGGGCACCAGCAUCUGGGACUGCCUGGCCGACAAGGGUGAGGAGGGCACGCUGUGGCCACGGGAAGCCACCAGCACCUGCUCGGUGACCAACCUCAUCAAAGAGCUCAGCCUCAGCGAUCCUCACAGCAACCCAUCGGCGCCGCCCAGCAAGCGCCAGUGCCGCUCGCUGUCUUUCUCGGAUGAAAUGUCCAGCUGCAGGACAUCGUGGAGACCUUUGGGCUCCAAGGUCUGGACGCCGGUUGAGAAGAGGCGGUGUUACAGCGGGGGGAGCGUCCAGCGCUACUCCAACGGCUCGGCCACCAUGCAGAGGAGCUCCAGCUUCAGCCUGCCGUCCCGCUCCCAUCCUCUGGCUUCGUCCUGCGACCACCGUCCGGGCUGCCUGCCGAGGAGAUCGGCGGCUGGAGGUGACGCCUGGAGCCCCGAGGGCGGCCGGGCGGACAUGCAGCGCUCCCUGUCCUGCUCUCACGACCGCUUCUCCUCCUCAGAGCCCGGCCCGCCCUCGGCCAGCAGCACGCCGGCCUCCACACCGCAGCUGGGCCGCCGUGCCGGUGGGCUGUGCCGCAGCCGCUCGCAGCCCUGUGUCCUCAACGACAAGAAGGUGGGCGUCAAGCGGCGCCGGCCCCAGGAUGCACAGGAGCCGCGGCCCUCGCUGGACCUGGCCAAGAUGACCCAGAACCGCCAGACCUUCAACAGCCUUAGCAGCCUUAGCAACGCGGCAGAGGACAACACUCAGCGGCUCCCCACCACCCAACCAUGGACCACAGCUCCCCACUCCCCGGAGGUGAUGCCGGGCAGGACCCCCGCCUGCACCCCAGUGCCAGAGCCACGCACACGGGGCGAGGAGCGUGGGGCGAGCCGGGACGACCUGUCCUGUGAGGAGUCCGAUGAGGGUGGUGGGAAGGAGGAGGAUGGGACCCCGUGGCAGGGCGGUGGGGCGGGCACCCAGAGCCCCUUCCAGCUGGAUGGAGAAAUAGACAUCGAGCAGAUUGAAAACAACUGAGGAUGCGGGGCUCAGCGUGCUGGGGUCUGGGGCUCCGGUGGGGAAGGGUCCCCUGGGGGUCAGCGUGGGUUGUGCUGUGCUGCCUGCGUCCCCCUGCCAGCUGGAGGGGAUGAAGCAGCUUUGCCAAAAUUUCAUCAGGUAUUUAGAGCAAUUUUGUGUGUGUGUGCGUGUGUGUGUGUAAAUCUUGAAACUCUUUGUAACUACUGUAGCCGGAUAUCAGCUAAUUUGGGAAAACCGCCUGUCAGAACUUGGAGACCAGAGGGAUGGGGAUCACCAAACAACGCUCAUCCAUCAGUGAGAAAACAACUUCUGCAAAUGUAGGAUGGCGGCUGAUGGAUCCAGCCAUGGCUUCCAUUUCACACAUGUGGUUGUUUGGAAAGCAAGAGGAAAAAUAAACCACCCCCGGGGAGGACUGGAAAAUUGGGGGAAGAAAGAGAAGGUCAGCUGAGAUUUGCCAACCGUGUGGCGGUAGGGCCGGGCUGGUGGUGGGGCAGCUGCAAUGCCCAGAGCCCACGCUGAUCCUCCAGCCCCUGGCAGUGCCAUCAGAUGGAAACCACAAUUUUUGCUGCAAGUUAUUGAUGGUAAGAGCUGGAUCAUUUUUUUUAUACAGAUUCUUAAUUCUCCUUUUCCUGAUGAGGAUCCAGCAGCGCUCGGCCCCUCGCCAACCAUUGCGUGGCUGCCGCACUCUUUUUGCUCUGACUGUGAAGUGGAUCCCUGUCCAGUGCCAUAGGAUUACUUGACAAAAGUAAGCUGUCAAAAUGCUGAAAAUUCAGGUAGCAGCACUGAAAGCUUUUCCUCUCGCUGUGCCUUGUUGAAGCACAGAUAAAGCGGUGACCAUGACGUUUGUACGAGAUACGCUCCUCCAUGAAAUAAGCUGUCUGCUUGCUAACUGGUUUAGAAGGACACAUCCUUAUUUUUUUGUCCCCUUUUGUUUAAAUCUCUUGGAAAGCCGUACGGGCGGCUUCCAGCGUCUUCUGCAGGUUCCUUGGGGUUAUUUCCCAAGUUCUGCAAAAGCACAAAGGGAAAAUGAAGUGAUUGAUCCCAAUGGAUCCCAACCCCUUCAGCAGGGGUCCAACACCCCAUUGGGAGUCUGCAAGCCAGAAGAGGCUGAGAGCAGCCGACGCAGGUUUACCGAUCCCUGCUGUUAUGUUACUGCACUUUUCCUGCGGGGUUUUGGGCGUUCCCCCAUCCCAUCCACUCAUAGCUUUACGUCUGCUCGUGGCCGCGGUCAGCUCAGCUCCCUGCAGAGCGGUGCCGGGGCCUUCUCCUGUUGGGGAAUCCUCCAUCUCUGUUCGAGUGUCUCUCAAUGUGUUGUUGAAAACAACCCACGCUGGCUGCACACCCCUCGUGGGAGGCCCACAGCCCAGCGCUCUACGAGUCAAGGGCCUUUGGGACGUGGCGUCUGCCGGCCCGUAUCCCCAGGAGCAAUGCAACCACAUUUUGGCUUUGAGUCUUCCUGAUGUCCCAAACCCCCAUAACAGCCCCGGGCUCCCGCAGAGCUCAGGGCACGCUUGCCUAUGCACACGUGGGGCUGUAACAAGGGCUCUUUUCUCCCUCCAAGGGCUGCUACCUAGGACAUGCUCACCCCAUGCAGUAGGACGGUGACCGAGCGGCCGCCGGCUGUACCUGACACAGACGUAGCAUACAGUUUACAUACAGCACAACCCGUUUGCCUUACUAAAGAUGCUUCUCCAAUGAGUAAUGGCCUUAUACCGGGCACAUUAGCUUAGACACAGACUGCAGUGACGGUUUGUAGGCCACAGUGGUGUUCUGUUGGGUGUUUCUCUGUUGGUUUCAUAUGAUUUCAUGUACUUGUUUUCAGUUUGACAAAGCCUUACUUAAAAAAAAAAAAAAAAAGAAAGAAAAAAAAAUCUCUCU